AUGACAAAAUUAGAAAAUCAAAUGGGCCGUUGGGGGGCAGUUUCGUAUAUUGUUGGGAAUAUUGUUGGUUCUGGUAUUUUUAUUGUUCCGGGAAUUGUUUUGAAAAAUUCUGGUUCUGUUGGGCUUUCUUUGAUUAUUUGGCUAUUUUCUGCUUUUUUUGCUAUUGUUGGGGCUUAUUGUUAUAUUGAAUUGGGGACGAGUAUUCGAAAAUCUGGUGGAGAUUUUGCUUAUCUUACACAUGUUAGAUGGUAA